UGUUUGGCCUUCCAGUUUUGUGGGAUAUUCUACUGUGCGUAUUAGUAGUAAAUUUCUUACCCAUCACACACACACAGCGGAAACUUGACGAAGUCCAGUAGAUCAUUACUAUAACCCUCCCAAGUCCCAACUCAACUAAUCUCUCUCACAGUCUCACUCAGUGAAGCCUCACAGACGCCAGAAGAAGAAGGAGAAGAUGGGGACCCUUGGCAAAGCCAUCUACACCGUCGGAUUCUGGAUUCGCGAGACCGGUCAGGCCCUUGAUCGACUCGGCUGCCGCCUUCAAGGCAACUACUACUUCCAAGAGCAACUGUCUAGACAUCGAACGCUCAUGAAUGUAUUUAAUAAAGCACCUGUGGUUGAUAAGGAGGCAUUUGUUGCUCCCAGUGCCUCUAUCAUUGGGGAUGUUCAAGUUGGAAGAGGAUCAUCUAUUUGGUAUGGAUGUGUUUUGAGAGGGGAUGUGAACAACAUUAGUAUUGGAGCUGGAACUAAUAUACAAGACAAUUCCCUUGUGCACGUGGCAAAAUCUAAUCUAAGCGGGAAGGUGCUACCAACUCUAGUCGGGGACAAUGUUACUGUAGGUCAUAGUGCCGUUUUACAUGGCUGUACUGUUGAGGAUGAGGCGUUUGUUGGUAUGGGAGCCACACUUCUUGAUGGUGUUGUUGUUGAGAAACAUGCCAUGGUCGCUGCAGGAGCCCUUGUGAGACAGAACACUAGAAUACCUGCUGGAGAGGUGUGGGGAGGCAACCCUGCAAAUUUCCUGAGGAAGUUAACAGAUGAAGAGAUAGCCUUUAUUUCACAGUCAGCAAUAAAUUAUUCUAAUCUUGCACAGGUUCAUGCUGCUGAGAAUGCUAAGCCUUUUGAUGAGAUUGAGUUUGAGAAAGUGUUACGGAAGAAGUUUGCUCGUCGUGAUGAAGAGUAUGAUUCAAUGCUGGGUGUUGUUCGCGAAACUCCCCCUGAACUUAUUCUUCCAGAUAAUGUCCUACCAGAUAAAGCACCUAAGGCAAAAUGAGGUUUGUUCGCGAGGCAUUGUUUCUUAAAUUUUAGAUCUUCAUAUUUGACUUUGAAGGAAUAUUUCUUGUCUUGUGCAAAUACAAGAAGGGAUCACUUUUUUUUCCCAAUAAUACCAGACUAGUUUAUUGUAGAAUUAUGUCUCCUUUCGGCCUUUGGCUCUGCUCUACUUAUGGGAAGUUAAUGCCACAAAGCAUGAUUAUUUUGAUGUUUAUCUGAUCCUUAUACCAAGAGCUUUGUUUUUUUAUA